UUUUACGACUAUUUCCUGGACUUAAUGUAGCAGAUACUUAUAGAUUUAUAUACAAUUCUCAAUUUAUCUAUUAACGUACAUUAACUAAUAAUUAAAUAAUUUUUUACAUUAAUUUUUUACUUACAAUUGUAUAAUAGGAAUACCUUCAAUUUGUUUCUAAAUAUAACAUAAUUGAUUAAAUUUUCUAUCUUUUAUUUUGUUCUAGGAAGAGUACUUCGAUCAUAUGAUUACUUAGCAUCAUAUAAUCAUGAAAAAGUGUAGAAAUUAUUUAACAUCACAAGAUACUUCAUUGCACUUCGUUCUAUCUGGUACUCGUACUGCGUAUAAAACACUAAAUGUAACUCAAGGUCAAGCUAAAGUUGAUUACCAUUUAACUACAUAGUCCCGCUUGUCGAUCUCGUAUAGUCAACGUUUUUAAUAUGUAUACGUUUUCAAUAUGCGCGUCAGAGAUUCUGUUCUCUCGUCUCACGGCCUCACAGUCAGUCACUGCUGAUACGUCGUUCAGACUACAUCGGCCUACACGAUAUCAAUUAUAGUCUUAAUGAAACAAUGGAUGUUGUACUAGUGUCUUUGCUUCUCGGAGCGUUAGUUCUAUUCUAUUUUUGCAUAAUACGAAACUACAACUACUGGCAGAAACGUGGAGUUCCGUGUGCAGAUGGAGCCUAUCCGGUAGUAGGUCACAUGUGGAUGCUUUUUACAAAGACGAUGCCUGAACUCGUUGGCAAAAUCUACAAUGAUAAUAAGCACCGUAGCAUGGUUGGCAUCUAUAAUUUCACGGUACCAUCAUUAAUGGUCCUCGAGCCGGAAUUGAUAAAGACAGUAAUGCACACUAACUUCGCGAAUUUCCACGAGAACACAAUAAAAAUUGAUCCUAAGCUUGAUCCUCUCGUAUCGCACAAUCCUUUCGUCACCUCCGGCGAAAAAUGGGCAGCCGCUAGAAAGCGUUUCACUUACGCGUUUUCCACCAUGCGACUGAAGAUGCUCCUUGAAAGCGUUAAACCGGCGUGUGUGAAACUGGAGAACUACUUGAAAAACAAAGUGGACAAAUCCGGAAAGAUUGAGGUGGAGUUGAAGGACUUGUUUUCUAAAUUCACUGCGCAAGUAGUGGCCGGUGCUGGCUUCGGUGUGGACGGGUACUGCUUCGAUGACGAGAAAAAGGAUAUGUCCUUCCAGAAAAUUGGCAAGACCGUUAUGGAGCCGUCCGCUCGAAACAAUCUUAGAUUCUUCAUUAUAUUUCUCAUGCCUUCGAUAAACAAGCUGUUCAAGUUCCGCUUCAUACCAAAGAAGAUCGAUCAGUUCUUUAGAACAUUAGUUACAGAGCUUAUCGAGCAACGAAGGACAGAUGGCAUACCUAGAAACGAUUUUCUUCAUUUGAUGGUUGAGCUGGAGCGGAUAGAAGACGAUAAAUUCGAUGUGGAACUAGUUACUUCUCAGGCGCUGUCGUUCUUCAUCGAUGGUUACGAGACCACCAGCAUCACUUUGAGCUUCGUGGGCUUCCAAUUGGCCACACAUCCAGAAGUGCAGGACAAACUACGCGAUGAGGUGUUGACCGUGCUGAACAAAUAUGAUAAUGAGAUCACUUAUGAAGCCUUAAGAGAGAUGGUAUAUAUGGAUCAAGUCAUCAACGAGUCAAUGAGACUCAUAUCUGCAGCGGGACUCAUGUCGAAGAUGUGCACUGAAGAAUUCGAGUUGAAAGGAUCUGAUGGACUCACGUGUCGUGUGCAACCUGGGACCGACAUUCUGAUACCAACCCACGGCCUACAUAAAGAUUCUCGAUACUGGGAGAAUCCCGAUGUGUUUGACCCCGACAGAUUCAGUCCGGACAGGAAACACAACAUUCAGAAAUAUACCUUUCUUCCUUUCGGCGAGGGUCCACGGAUGUGUGUAGGACAGAGAAUUGCUCUGUUGCAAAUAAAAGCAUCUUUAGUUGCGGUUCUGAGAAAAUACAGCUUAGAGUUAUCCCCGAAAACACAUGUGCCCUUAAAGAUGAUCGCCGGAGAUACAAUGCCUAGAGUAAAGGAUGGCAUGUGGGUAAAAUUACAAAAGAUUUAAUUGUAAGAAUUUUUUUAUAUUUUAUAUAAAUUU